UAUGGCGAUGUGAAAUCCAAUCCUUCGACGUCUGCCAAUAGCCCUUAUCAUUAUCUCUCUCCACUCUGCAACUGUUUCAAAAAUGGCGACUUGUUAUACCUCUGUUUCCCUUACACCGAAAGCUCUAUUUUUCUCUCCAAAAUCCUCUAUUUCACAACUCUCCCCUUUCGUCCGAGUCAACUCACUCACUUGCCUACCAAUUCGCUCUCUCUCAAUCACUCGAGCCGCAGCUUAUGAUAGUGAUUACUCUUCAGCAAGGAGCAGUAGCAAUGAGCAGAGAGAAACGAUAAUGUUACCGGGCUGUGACUAUAAUCAUUGGCUAAUUGUAAUGGAGUUCCCGAAAGACCCUGCACCUACUAGAGAGGAGAUGAUUGAAACCUAUAUAGAUACUCUCGCCACUGUACUGGGCAGUAGGGAAGCAGCUAUGAAGAACAUGUAUGCAUUUAGCACUACUACUUACACUGGAUUUCAGUGCACUGUAUCUGAAGAAACCUCUGAGAAAUUCAAGGGAUUGCCUGGGGUUCUCUGGGUGUUGCCAGAUUCUUACAUAGAUGUGAAAAAUAAGGACUAUGGAGGUGAUAAAUAUAUUAAUGGGAAGAUAAUUCCUUGCAAGUAUCCUACUUAUCAACCAAAGCAACAGAGAGAUUCUAAAUAUGUAAGCAAAAGAUAUGAAAGACGAAAAGAUGGCCCUCCUCGUGAACAAAGAAGACAAAGGGAACAAGAAACUCAAUACAAAUCGGCAUCUGAAUGAGUUCGAGAAUGUUUUGACUCUAAAGACAGAUGUACCCAGUGAAUUUCUCUGGAUAUAAGGUGUGUGAUCAAGCCACUUGUUUAUGGAGUGCUUGCUGCUUUUUUGUAAUGUCUGGUGUAUUUUUCAUUUGAAUAUGAGAGAUUGUGAUGUAUGCUUGUUAAUUGAGGGAUGAUAAAUAUAUAUUAACUAAAGUUAGAUUUCAGUAGUUGUAUGGCUGAGCCUAUGCUAAUUGGAUGGAUUAUUUCUACCAAUGCUUCAUUUGUUUGCACA